ACUUCCUCCUUCUUCUAUACCACCCAAGAGCAAUCUCUCACACCGUAACCACCACUUCACACUCACUCAUCCACAAAGUCGAUCAUGAAGUUCCUUGCAACCUUCACCGCUGCUGCUGCAGCCAUUGCCUCGGUCGCUGGCCAGGCCGCGGAGACGCCGUGCGACAAGUACACGACUGCGCUCCUCAAGACCAACAAUGCCACCAACCAGCUCACGGUCCUGACCCUUGUUGUCAACACGGCCCUGAUCGGAAACUACCCUAACCCUGCUGGCGCACCCAAGAACAACGUCACGGGUAUCCUCAACCCCGGCCAGGUCAACGGCACCGGCCCCAUGGUCAACCUGCUCCCUUACUUCGACGGUACGCUCAAGAGCACGAACGUCAAUGGCAACGCACAGUCGGUCAACUUCCUUGACGGUGGCGGAGCCGCUCCCCUCAUGUCGAACAUGGCCGCUUACGCCAACAUGACCUCGUCCAAGCAGUACAUGCUUAUCACGCACCUGUACGAAUUCUUUGGUGUCCUUCUCGGCUGCUCGGCCCAGAACUCUUCGUCGCCCUUCAAGAACUACGAGGGCAGGACUUCGAUGUCCGAGGUUCACCGCUUCAUGAACCUCAACGAGACGGAGAUGAACUACUUCAUCCAGGAGGUCGGCGCUUCCGCUACCAGCUUCGGCGUCACGACCGAAGACGCGACGGCCAUCGGCGGCGCCCUCAACAGCAUGUUCAACAAGCGCUGCCUUGCCCCGGCGUCGAUCGGAGGUGGCGCCAACGCCAGCCAGUCGAUCUGCCUCGCUACUUCGUGCCCCGUCGCCGACCCAUCCUCGUGCGCCCAGACCGGCCAGUCCUACGGUAACGGCACCAACGGUGUUGAGCCCGCCUCCGCCAGCACGUCCACCACUGGCUCCGGCAGCAGCUCUGGCAAGGACGGUGCCUCGUCGAUGGUCGUUAACGUCCUUGGCGCUCUCAGCCUCGGCGCUGCUGGCCUCGUUGCCUUCAGCAUGUAAAGGGUGCCAUCCAAGAAGCUCAUCACCUAAUCACCGCCCUACUUCUUCUUGUAAACCUCAAGUUGAAUCUCCCAUCGGUCCCUUAUUCAAAGAAUCUUCGUCUUAUGCAGUAGCAGUAGUAGUGAAAUACCAUUUGGGAUCAUCUACCCUUCUCUACUCAAGUAUUCCUCCCCGAUGACGGCCACCUGUUCUACAAGAUCUCUUAAGUUUUCUACCGUCGUGGAAGGAUGUGUG